GCCGAGGCAGCUGCGCGUCCGGCCGGGUGGAGGGCUACCCCCGGGGGCGCGGGAAGGUGCGGCCUGAUGCGGCGCACCCGGAGACGCUUCUGGGAGACGUGGGCGCGCGGUCCGCGAGGGCCCGGAGGUCCACGGGAGAGCUGGGGGUCCACGCAGGAGCUGGCCGGGGCUGCACGAUUCUGACGCCUAUUCUGGACGCCAGGCUUGCUGCUUUGGUGACGUAACAGGGCAGAGGCAAGGCGCAUGGGAAUUUGAGGGCUCAGCAGUGCACCUGCCUAGCCUGGCCGCAAACCUGGCCCCAUGCUGCCGCAGUAGCACACCCCAGCUCAGACAUCCCAGUGAUGCACCAUGCCGAUAGUCGAUAAGCUGAAGGAAGCCCUGAAACCUGGCCGCAAGGACUUGGCUGAUGAUGGAGAGCUGGGGAAGCUUCUGGCCGCCUCUGCUAAGAAGGUCCUUUUGCAGAAGAUCGAGUUUGAGCCAGCCAGCAAGAGUUUCUCCUAUCAGCUAGAGUCAUUAAAGAGCAAAUAUGUGUUGCUGAACCAAAAAACAGAGGGAGCCGGUCGCCACAGAAGUGGAGAUGAACCACAGGCCAGGAGACGAGGCAGCGAGCACGCGUUUGAGAGCUGCGGGGAUGGGGUCCCCGCCCCGCAGAGGGUGCUCUUCCCCGUGGAGCGGCUGUCCCUGAGGUGGGAGCGCGUGUACCGUGUGGGGGCAGGGCUGCACAACCUCGGCAACACCUGCUUCCUAAACUCGACCGUCCAGUGCUUGACCUACACGCCGCCUCUGGCCAACCACCUGCUCUCCAGGGAGCACGCCCGGAACUGUCACCAGGGGAGCUUCUGCAUGCUGUGCGUCAUGCAGAAUCACAUCGUCCAGGCCUUCGGCAACAGCGGCAAUGCCAUCAAGCCCAUAUCCUUCAUCCGGGACCUGAAAAAGAUCGCCCGGCAUUUCCACUUCGGGAACCAGGAGGAUGCGCACGAGUUCCUCCGGUACAUCAUCGACGCCAUGCAGAGGGCCUGCUUGAACGGCUGUGCCAAGCUGGAUCGUCAAACACAGGCUACCACUUUGGUCCAUCAGAUUUUUGGAGGCUAUCUCAGAUCGCGUGUGAAGUGCUCUGUGUGCAAGAGCGUCUCGGACACCUAUGACCCCUACUUGGACGUCGCUCUGGAGAUUCGGCAAGCUGCAAAUAUUGUGCGUGCUCUGGAACUUUUCGUGAAACCAGAUGUCCUGAGCGGAGAGAAUGCCUAUAUGUGUGCCAAGUGCAAGAGAAAGGUCCCGGCCAGCAAGCGCUUCACCAUCCACAGAACGUCCAAUGUCCUGACUCUGUCCCUUAAGCGCUUUGCCAAUGUCAGUGGAGGGAAGAUCACCAAGGAUGUAGGCUAUCCGGAAUUCCUCAACAUUCGUCCAUAUAUGUCCCAGAGUAAUGGCGACCCUGUCAUGUAUAGGCUGUACGCUGUCCUGGUGCACUCGGGCUAUAGCUGCCACGCCGGGCACUAUUACUGCUAUGUGAAGGCAAGCAGUGGACAGUGGUACCAGAUGAACGACUCGUUGGUCCACUCCAGCAAUAUCAAGGCGGUUCUGAACCAGCAGGCCUACGUGCUCUUCUAUCUGCGAAUUCCAGGCUCUAAGAAGAGUCCUGAAGGCCCCCUGUCCAGAUCGGUGUCCUCCCUUCCUGGUCGCCCCGGUGUGCUUCCAGACCACGUCAAGAAGAAUGUCAGCAACCGGACUGUGUCCUCCCUGCUGACUGCAAAGAGACCAGACCCUGUGAUGACGAGAAAGCCACAGACCCCUGAAGAGGUCGGCGUGCCUGUUUCCAGGAACGGCUCCGUGUCGGGCCUGAAGCCUCAGAAUGGAUAUGUUCCCCCAAAGCUGUCCCUGGGGUCCCCGUCCCCCAGACUCUCCAAAGCACCUCCACCCAGGCCGACCGUUCUGGAUGAGCCUGGCAAGAAAGUCCGGAAACCGGCUCCCCUACAGCACUCCCCCCCGACACGUGGAACUUCUCCGGAGUCCCAUGGCACCUGGGACUCGAGCGGCAGCCGGCGUGAGAGCUGCAGGCCGGGCUCCUGGGACGGCGGGGGGGCCGUCCUCUCUGCCUCACCCAAGCUCCCAGUUGUAGCGGCCGCCGCCAGGCCGCAGCCCCAGGCGGGCUAUGAGCGCGCCCACCUCGAGAGGCCGGGCUACAGCGGUGCCAGCCUGGAGCGCUCUGCCGGCAGUGGCCCUGCGGAGGCCCCCCAGGUCCCCAGGGGCGGAGCUGCCCCCUUCCGAGAUUCUCAGGGAACCCCCUCUUCCGCUGCUGGCCCCUCCAGAACGCUGCUGGAUGAAGACCCUAAGGCGGGGAGGCCCCAGUCCCCUGCCCUGAAUAACGCUGCCCCUGAGCCCACAAGCGUCAUGUCUCCCCCACCAGCGAAGAAACUGGCCCUUUCUGCCAAGAAGGCCAGCACCCCGCGGAGGGCAGCCGGCAAUGACCUCCGUCCACCUCCCCUCUCACCACUCUCCGACCUCACCUACCCCAGGAAAACCACUCACCCCGGCGCCGCCUCCACCUGGCCUGUCAGCACCACCAGAUCACCCGGCCACCUGAAGCCGCCCCUCGGUCCCUGCUCCGCGUCACUGUCCAGCAGCCCCCAGCCUCUCAGGGCAUCAGACCCACAGAGUUGCUCCAGCGCCUCUGCUUCCCUGCCUCAGGCCAGUGGGGGCCUCAGGGCCCCUCCACACCAGCUUCCAGGGGCCAGCGAGCCCCCCCAGAACCCCUUUAAGAAGAGGAAAAAGAACCGCUCGGGAGACAUCCAGGGGCUGGGCUCAGAGACGUGCCAGGCAGCCCCUCCCCGGAAGAGGAGAAGGCGGAAGAGGAGGCACUCAGAGGUCACAGAAGCCUCCCCGCUGUCGGAGGGGCUGGCGCAGAGGCAGCUCUGGGGCCCCAAGCACUGGAAGGAGGGCCGGGUGGAACUGCCAGUGGACAGACCGGAGGACAAGGGUGGACGGCAGCAGGUGAACGGCCAGCACCUGGUGAAUGGCUGGCAAGUAGGAUUUGCGACCGACGGCCACCAUACGAACAAGAGGAAGAGGAGGAGGAAGGGAACGGAGGGCGCAGGUGGCAAAAACCACCUCCACCAGGACCCACCUUGGCACAGGGACCGCCCUCCCUCGGACCCCACCAAGCCAGAGGUCACCGCAGCAUUGCCAAGGAAAAAGAGAAAGCGGGCGAGCAAGCAGGAGUCACAGCAGGAAGUGGAGGAGCACGGGCACCCUAAAGGCCGGAGGGGUGAGGGGCAGAGGGCCCCUGCUGUCCCUGCGAGAGGGCGCCGGCCAUCUGUGAACGGCAGGCUUCCAGGGGACCGUACAGAGCUGGGGCAGGCUCCUCAUGUAUCCUGGGACAGAGAGAGAGACUCCGAUGUGGUCCAGGAAUUGCUCAAACAUUCAUCGGAUAAGGCUUAUGGGAGAAAAGUCUUGACGUGGGACGGUGCCGUGUCGGCUGUCAGUCAGGAUGCCAUUCAGGACAGCAGACUGGCUCGCACUGCCACGGUGAUUGAUGACUGGGAUGAAGAGUUCGAUCGAGGGAAGGAAAAGAAAACGAAAAAACUCAAGAGAGAAAAGAGAAGAAACUUGAACGCCUUCCAGAAACUUCAGAGUAGACGGAACUUUUGGUCUGUGACUCACCCAGCUAAGGCUAUCAGCCUCAGCUCUCGCCGCUGAAUUUGCUGCCGUCACAACAGGAACAGUGUUCUUUGCCCCACAGCUUGUGGGAUGAGGUGUCUCUUCCUGGGAACUGUCCAUCUGGAUGGAAGAGUGGCCCUGUGUGGACUCCCUGGCCCUGUCAGCUCCAGGCCCUGCACUGUGAGAGGACAGCCCACAGAGGCCCUGGGCUUCUGUGGAUCAGGACCUCUGGUGAUACGAUACGUGCCGUGACAGACCACACAGUGGCGUGCAGAAGGGAUGACAGGACACCAGCUGAGAACCUGCACAGAGGAGUCCGGUCCAGGGGCUGCGGAAGAGCGUGGGGAGGACGGUGGCCACGCCCCUUGUGUCCUCAAGCGCCCGCAGGCGACUGUGUGCGAAGGCUGCUUUCGUUGCCGAGCCGCCGAGCAGCUGCUCCUGGCCACUGGCACUGCUGUCUCGCCGGCACUCUGCCCUCCCUGCCUCCUGGGGCGGGGGCUCUGUCUGUACGCCUUACCUACCCACCCGCAGAAAGUGAGCCCAAGGCUGGCCCCCCACUGCUGCCUCUCCCUUUUCUGGAACUGGGGAGCAGCCCUGCCAGCUUAUCUCUCCCUUGCUAGAAACUCUAGAUGAUCUGUGGGGAGCAAAAGGCUAUUUUGGGGUGGGGUUGGGGGGGCUUGAGAUGAUGUGCAGACACAUCUGCUUUGCAGGCUGCUAUUUAUUCCAAGGUGGCUCAUACCUUCCCUUACGGGUGGUGGUCUUGGGGUCGAACCCUCCUUUUAUUUUACUACUUAACAUAAAACAUUUAUUUUUAACCAGGCUUGUAGCUUCCAUUAGCAAUACGUUCCCUUCUCUGAUAUGCAAAUAUUGGUUUUCUUUGCUCAAUUUUGUGAGUGCUUUUGAAUUUAGAUGAUUGUGUAACUCAAGGAGAUCGCUUUAUCUUGCUCAAGCUGUGUCUGCAAUCAUGUACUUUAAUAAAUAUGGAAGCCCUCAGUUAAGGUGAUAAUUUCCAGAAAAAGACAAGUGCCCAGUAGUAGAAGGUGCAGAAGUACAUCUGAGAAUCGCUCCUCAGUGUCCUGGAGUCUCCACUGCCUUUCCUCGCGGGAGUGUCCCCUGUGUUAGGGAGUGGCCUGUGUGCCGUGGCCCUGCUGCUCAGCGCGGCUCCCCCCAAGCCUGAGGCCUUCCGGUGCCUGCGUGGCGUGGCACCUCUGUGCUGCCCCCAACGGGGCUUUGCUGCUGGACCUUCCCCCUUGCUCAGGGCCUGGGGUGAUCCUGGUGGUAUCAAAAAAAGUCGCAUAUGGGGAGAUGUGCUCAUUUCUUCAUGAGGGUAGUUCUCUUCUAUUUUUCUGCCGUUCUUAUAUUUCUCUUUUCAGAAGGCGGGGAGAAGAGCAGUGGGCUGAGCUGGGGCUGCUUCUGGUCCAGGCAGAACACGAGCAGGGCUUUGCGCACGCCGGUCCGGGGGCCGUCCGCUCGCUCUCCGGGGGACUGUGUCUGCGUGUCGGCCGCACCUCAUUCGAAGACGAGGGGCCCAGCCCGGCGCCCAGUGGCUUUGGCAUCUUGACGGGAGGCAGGGGCCUCCGUGGGCAGGGGCUCUCCCUCCUGAGGUGUGACUUUCAUCCCUGCAUGAGCUACUUCCCCGGGCGUAUUUUUCUGUACGUUCUGCAGUUGAAAAAGAAAAACCCAGUUGCCUCCUAGCACAGAACUUACCUCCUUUCUCUUCUUCUUCCUCCCCGUCAGUCUCCUGCUUUCUCCACCGUGUAAUUAUAAAGACCAUUUCCUGAGGAAAACGUAUCCGUUAUCUCUGGGGCAGUGCCAAGCACUGGCCUGACUUUCUGUAGCGUUGACCACUGCUAGGUAGAGGCGAGUCCUUCCCUCCUGCAAACAUCGUCACCAAACUGGGAAGGGAAGAGACAGGCCUAGAAAAUUCGAGGUGACAUGUAAAUAUGUAAAUAUAUAUAAAUAACUAAAGCUUUUAUAAUGGUGGUCACUUGGUUGGCUUAGAAUAUGGGUUUAAUUUAACUUUGUGUUUAGAGUGGGCGAUGGGGUGGGCCACCUCUCCCGGAUGGUCCAGUGCCCUGUCACUCACCUGCUCCUCCGGGGCUCUCCAUCUGCUAGUCCCUGUGCUCUCAGCUGUUGCCAAGACCUUGGUGCAAUAAAAUAAUCAGUCUUUGCGA